AUGUUGAAUACUCAUACCGAACUCAUAGUGUCGUCAUUGAAUGCGAUCACAAGUGUCAUCAACAUAUUAGGUGUUAAAGCCAUUGGUUUGUUCCCAAAGAUUUUACCACCAGCAUUAAAAAUCUGGGAAACCACUUCUGAGUCUAGACAUGUUAGUGACAGUGAAGAAGGAAGUGAGGAUGAAAGCGAUAACGAGAAUGAAGAUGCAGAUGAAAACGAGAGUAGAAUGUUAAUUCAAGGCUCUAUUUUGAUGUUGUUUUCUUGCUUAGUCAAGAAGAUGCCAGCCUUUGUUAUUUCAAACUUGAAGAAGAUGCUCCAGUGUAUUUUGUUGAGUGACUUGAUUGAAACUAGCAUCAGAGCAAGUAUCUUGAAUUUGGUGGUGGAUCACAUUGAUAAAGGACAAGUUUUGCAAUCUUUGUGCAACUUGGCUUUGAAUGACGACAUUUAUGCUACUGAUAAUGCAGCCGACUUAGGAUUGUAUUUGAGUGCUGUUAAGUCGAGUGUGGAUGCUAUUGACAAAAAAGCCGCUACUGCCCAAUCGUCUCUUUUUAUGAAGUGGUUGAUCAAGUCUUUCGGAUUUAGAACCGAGUAUGGGGAACAAAAAUUCACUGACAACACCAUUUACAGUAUUGAGGGCUCUUUCCAUCAAUGUGGUAUCUCAUACGUCUUGAAAUUGAAUGACAAGAGCUUCCGUCCAUUAUUUGCUAGCUUGGUUAGAUGGGCCGUGAGUGGCGAAGGCUCUCUUUCCACUGAAACUACUGAAGUGAUCAGAUUGACUGCUUUCUUCAAGUUCUUCAACAAGGUGGAAGACAACUUGAAGAGUAUCAUCACUUCUUACUUCUCAUACUUGCUCGAUCCAACUAUUGCGAUCUUGAAGAGGUUCCAAGAUGGCAGUUUACAAGAUACUAACUUGAGAAGAAUCAUUUUGCACUCUUUGGCUUCCUCUUUCAAGUAUGAUCAAGAUGACUACUGGACUCACCAACUGAGAUUCGAGACCAUGGUUGACCCACUCUUGGGCCAAUUGAGCAAUAUCGAAGACUCUAUCGGUAAACAUUUGGUCAAAGCCAUUUCAUUCUUUAUCUCCAAUGUUUCCUCUGAUGAGUACAACGAAAAAUUGGUGCAUACUUUGAUCAGAUACAUCUCUAAUGAACAUGAGAACUCUCUGAACACGAAGAUCUGGACCAUUCGGGUCUUGAAGACUGUGUUCCAAAAGAUGGGAGAACAAUGGUUGUCGUUCUUGCCAACUUUCAUUCCAUAUAUUGCGGAGUUGUUGGAGGACGACGAUGAGGAAGUUGAAAUGGAAGUGAGAAAGGACUUGGUCCGUGUCAUCGAGAACAUUCUUGGCGAGCCUCUUGACAGAUACCUCAGCUAG